AUGAGGACCAGUAACACGCGUUUGCGCGAAGGCAGAGAUGCUCCCAUCGCCAUUGAUCUGGACUCCGAAGAUGAUGAUGAUGAUAUCGAACCUCAGUUCGGUUCGAUGGUGGUGGUUCCCAUAAUGGGCAGUGCUGUUGUUCCAGAUCCGCCACUGGUGGAUCACGACGAAACAACUUCGGUUCUGCAAAUUCCAUCACAGCCAACAAGAGGAGCAUUUUGGGGCGAAACCAUGAUUCAUCUCAAGACGCGGGACAUGGCGGAUGAUCCUGACGGCGGUAAUGAUGUAGAAGAACUCCAUGCACCUCCAGUUUCGGCGGAAUAUCGACCUGUUCGAGUGAGAGAACCCUCCGGUGGUAUCCUACGGUCUAGUACCCUCGACAGGGACACAAGACCAAGAGUGGCAAGAGACCCCAGUAGCACCGGCGGUGCCUCCAAUAGAAGCGAUUUCGAAAGCCGCCAUGAAAUAAUCCCAAGAUCGACUGCGUCGAGUAGUACUGCCAGUGCAAGCAGACGUCCAGUCAAAGCUGAGGAAUAUGCUGCGGGUGGUCCUGUGGCGUCUUGUCACACAACAUCAAGCACUGAUCUUCCAAAUACUAUCAGCCCAAUCGCUCGUAUCCCCCCGAGGGAAAUGCCACCUUCGGAUGACACUCGUCGUCGCAUGUCUCAAAGUUCAAGGAUGAAUGAUUCAAACCAUAACAACGCGGACUUGGUUGCUGGUCAGCUGCCGGGGGCGAUCCAGAUGAAUACCCCAGCGUCUUUUCGCGUGCCACGGCAGCACUAUGAUGCUCGACGUCAUCAAGAGCAGCCACUGAUGCCCCAUGACGCAAGUGCUGAAGAGGAAGGUUCCUCCAGCAAGCCAGAAGAUGAUGCCUCCAGCAAGCCGCCCAAUGCGGAGGACUUUUUGGCUGUGGCCACUUUGGUGCCUGAUAAAGAAGAAUCCACUGACACCGGUUUCCCACUAGGCAUGGACAGACGUGCUCUGUCUAUUGCGGUAUCCAUGUGCUGUUUCGUAUUUGUCGCUAUAGUUGUGGUGGUGGUUCUGGUUGUUCUCAUGAUUGGCUACAACCGUGACGAUAAUCCAGCGUCUUUUGUCGCACCAGAACCCAUGCCAAUUGUGCCAACAUUGCCAACCACCACUACUCCGGUUCAACCUAAUACACCAACGCAGGAUCCCUUGACUAUGACCGAAACCCCAGCCACAAGUCAACCAACGGAACCACUCACAGCAGCUCCCUUGCCCAGCAAUGCCCCAUCGGCCGUUCCCAUUGCUGUUCCGUCUAAUGUCCCCAGCUUUGCUCCGUCCUUAGCCCCAUCCAGUCAACUCAGCUCGGCUCCAUCCGUAGUCCCGACAUUCGCACCAACAACCGAGCCACCAACGCUUGAACCAACACCUGAACCAACCUUGCCUCCUACCACUGCCGCGCCGUUUACGCCCACACCAUUGCCGACGGCCCAAGCCUCCUUCCCAGAGAACCUACCAGACUUCACGCUUGAAGCUUUGGCUGAUCCUGCUUCUCCGCAGUCUCGUGGAUUGUCCUGGCUUGAGUUGUAUCCCGGUUAUCGUACAACCAUGUUGGAUUGGGAAAAGCAACAGUUGUUCGCUUUCGCCUCCUUUUACUACUCUUACAACGGUGAAGAUUGGAUUGGUGAUCACAACUGGCUCAGUCGUACCGUACCCAUCUGCGAUUGGGGUUCAGGCAGCCGACGAAAUCGAUGUAACGAUGAUGGCAGAAUCACAUAUUUCGCCCUUGCCUUUCAAGAUGAAAUGCUGAGCGGAACCACGCCACCGGAGGUGGCUCUGUUGACAUCGCUGCAGGCAUUUGAAAUGGUGUCCAACAAUUGGAAUACGGAUAUCCUCCAGGUGCUACCAUCGGAGAUGGCACAGCUGACGGAUUUGACCGAGGUCAAACUCAUGUACUCCGAAAUCUCUGGAACCCUACCAACCGGGUUGAGCGACUUCCAGUACCUUACCAACCUCAACCUGAGGGAGAACUAUUUGACUGGUACAAUACCAACUGAGCUCGGCCUUCUCUCCAAUCUCAAGUAUCUGGUUCUCCACGGCAACUAUUUGACUGGAACAAUCCCAAGCGAAAUCGCAUCCAUGACAUCCCUGGAAAACCUGAGCCUCUGGGCAAACAACUUGUCGGGCACGCUGCCAGCUGCAGUCUGCACGCUCCCCGUGUUAGGAACCCUCAGACUCGACUGCAACUACAAGAUCUCCUGCCCCGUGGAGUGUACCAAUUGUGUCUGUCAAGAUGACAGAGGCGAGACACGACCCCCAAGACCCCGACCGGCAAGCAGUGCCCAAGCACCAUCGACGAGUUCACCUGGUCCGUCUCCCACCCCAGCUUUUGUCUCUUUGAAUCUGGGCUUUGAUCCCGCUUUGAAUGACCCAGAGUGGCCUGGUGUGUACCCUACUCCUGUCAACUCCACAAAUGCAAUCACCAUCAACAUUCGAACCGAUGAAUACGCUCAUGAGACUGAAUGGGAGUGGAGCAAACUGAAUGUGGAUGAUGAAUGGGAAACAAUCGAUGCUGGGAAUCCUCUCCUUGACGAGCAUGUCCACUCUUACGAAAAAAACUUGGACAGUUCUGCAUCUUAUCGGCUAACAAUCAAGGAUCUUCUGUCUGAUGGAACUUGCUGUGGUUUUGGAUUUGGUUGGUUCACCAUUACCAAUGCAACCGUAGCACAAGAAGACUCUCCUGGAACUGUGAUGUGGGCUCUGGCAGGAGAUGAACUGGCAUCCCGAGUGGACGUUCAUUUGUAUGUCGACUCAAAUGGCCGUGCAGAAGUGCUGGAGCACACAUUUACGGAUGGUCCGACUGAUGCCCCUAUGUUCGCUAACUUUGAUCCCUCCGUGGACGAUGACGAAUGGCCCGGGUUUUUCCCUUCUCCAAUCAAUGCUGUCAACAUCAUUGCUUUGAACGUCCGGACAGAUAGAUGGCCUCUUGAAACUGAGUGGGAAUGGAGCCAAAUGACUUCUUCAGGGGACUGGCAAAUGAUUGAUUCUGGCACCCCAAACCUCGAGGAACAUGUGUAUUCAUAUGAGAAAGGUGUGGACAGUGAUAGAGCCUACAGGUUCACCGUAAGAGAUCUCCUGAGCGAUGGAACUUGCUGUAAUUUUGGAUUAGGUUGGUUCACGAUCACCAAUGCAACAGUUUCAACACAAGAAGACUCGCUUGGCACUGUGAUGUGGAACUUGACUGGUGAUGAUUUUGAGGAUGAAUUCAGCGUCCACUUGUGGGUGGAUUCAGAAGGCCGUGCAAGUAUUGUGGAAUACCAACUUAUUUUGCCUGGGCAAAGAGGUCCGGUUGACUCCCAGACAACUGCUCCUUGAUCACAGAUUCACGUUCCACUCCUAUCCACAUUACAUGAGCACUACAUGCUACACGACCAGCAUACUUCUGGAUCUGCAAGCGUUCACCCUUUCAUGUUCAAAGGCCCAGUUAACAGCAAAAACGCGCAUGCAUUGAUUGUCGUCU